AUGCAGCUAAAAUUCAUGAAAACUAUCAUCGAGGCUCAGGAUCAUUUGUACCGCGUUGCAGGAUUAUGCUGGUCAGCAAACAACCAGAAGCUAGCAGUGGCUACGGCUGACCGUACCAUCCUGCUGUUCGACGAAAAUGGUGAUCGGCGAGAUAAGUUUUCGACCAAAGCGGCCGAUCCGAACGCAAUGAAGAACUCCUACGUAAUCCGGGGCAUUACGUUCAGUCCGGACUCUAGUCGGCUUGCGGUAGCCCAAAGCGAUAGCAUCGUCUAUGUGUACAAACUGGGCGAACAGUGGAACGAGAAGAAGGUGAUUUGCAACAAAUUUCCGCAGGGUUCGGCCGUUACCUGCAUUUCGUGGUUAGUCGGAGGAUUAAUUGUGGCCGGACUAGAGGAUGGCAAGGUUCGUUCACUGUACUGCAAAAACAACAAAUCGAAAACACUGUACGGUACGGAUAGUAUGGUGGUUACUUUGGCGCAGAACACCAAAGGGACCGGCGUCCUAUCCGGACAUGAAGAUGGUUCGGUGGUGCGCUUUCUGCUGGUAGAAGAACCCGGGGAACCAACCGGGAGAUUGCUACAACAUCCGGUGGCCCCAGUAGCACUGGCCUGGCCGCAAGGUGGUGUCGUUGUUGCGGGAUGCGAUAAGAAGAUUUGCUUCUACGAUCUGCAGGGCCGUGCUAUGCGCACGUUUGACUACGGGCGGGAUGAAGUUGAGCGGGAAUUUUCUGUGGCCUCCGCCAGUCCCAACGGGCAGGCUGUUGCCGUCGGAAGCUUCGAUCGUCUACGCAUCUUCAGUUGGAGCCCUCGCCAAAAUGCCUGGACAGAGUCCCUAUGCAAGACGAUCCCUAAUCUGUACACCGUAACAGCGGUUUGUUGGAGAAAAGAUGGCUCGCGACUUGCCGUUGGGUCAUUGUGUGGCGCUGUACUUGCAUAUGAAUCGGUACUGAGACGCACCAUCUGGCAGGACAAGUUUGAGCUAACGUUUGUAGCUCCGAGCCAGGUGUUAUUACGAUCGCUGCACGAACCGAUCACAACGAUGCUGGUUGAAUCACAGCUUGGGCUCGAAAUUGACGACAUAAGGAUUAUGGGCAAGGACAGCUAUCUGGUCGGACGCACUGAAGACUCACUGAUCUUGUGCGAUCUUACACGCUCGCUAACGAGCGAAAUCCCUUGGAUAGCAACCGGACGCCACGAACGGUUCUACUUCGAAAAUCCAACCGUAGCGCUAAUAUUCAACGCAGGUGAACUAUCGCUCGUCGAGUACGGUGAACACUACAUCCUUGGAUCAGUUCGAACAGAGUUCGUAAACCCACAUUUAAUCUCGGUACGCUUGAACGAACGCGGUAAUACGCGUAACAACAAGAAGUUGGCCUAUCUGCUCGACAUGAAGACGCUGUGCGUGGUAGAUCUAAUGCUGCAGUCGACGAUCGCACAAAUAUCCCACGAUUCCAAGAUCGAUUGGUUGGAGCUAAGCGAAACAGGCCACAAGCUACUGUUCCGAGAUCGCAAGAUGCGUCUCGUGCUGGUCGAUGUAGGCACCGGGCAGAAACAAACCCUGCUGGCCAAGGUCGCUUUCGUACAGUGGGUACCGUCGAGUGAUGUGGCCGUUGCUCAAAGUGACACCAAUCUGGCAGUAUGGUACAACAUUGACCUGCCCGAGCACGUCACGAUGAUGCCGGUACGGGGCGACGUGGUGGACGUGCUGCGUGAGGAUGGCCGAACCGAGAUCAUCACGCGCGAGGCCGCAUCGGAGCAUGUGUACCCACUGGACGAGGGUUUGGUGGAGUUCGGCACAGCAGUCAACGACAGUGAUUUCGGACGGGCCAUAUUCUACCUUGAGUCUCUUGGCGAUCGUCCGGCGGCCAAAGCAAUGUGGCACAAUCUGGCCAAUAUUGCACUGGCGCAACAAAAUCUUCGCGUUGCACAGCGCUGCUUUGCCGCCCUCGGAAAUGCCUCGAAAACGUUCUACAUCGGAGAGAUGAUCAAGAUCGCUGAACAGUACGAGGAGACAACGGGACCCGGCAUGACGUGCCCUGAGGUGCGCGCCAUGAUGGCACUGCUUGGUGGGGAUCUAAGAACGGCGGAACGUAUUUAUAUCGAGCAAGGAGAUAUUGAAGCCGCUCUCGCCAUGUACACCAAGCUACGUCGUUGGGAUGAUGCUAUAAAACUGGCAGAACGUCGUGGAUAUCAUGGACUUCCCGAAUUGAAGGAAUCACAAAUGGAGUUUUUGCUUUCGACCAGCCAAGAGGAGAAGGCAGGUGAAGUAUUGGAGGAGCGCGGUGAAAAGGAUAAAGCCAUGACGCUGUACAUGAAGGCAAAUAAGCCGGUGAAAGCCGCUAAGCUAGCAUUGAAAACACCACAUUUGCUAUCAAAUGAGAAUUUAGUAACAAGAGUGUCGGCGUCGUUGAUUAAAGCAGAACUUUUUGAGCUGGCGGCGGAACUUGCAAACCGUACCGGACAGCAGCAAACCGCUAUAACUCUCUAUCGGAAAGGAGGUGCCUACGCAAGGGCGAUCGAGCUUGCCCGAUACGUUACCCCGGAUGAUGUGACGAGUCUGGAGGAAGAAUGGGGAGAUUGGUUGGUGGGAAAACGGCAACUGGAUGCCUCCAUAAGCCAUUACAUCGAAGCUGGUUGCACGGUUAAGGCACUGGAGGCCGCAGUCGGUGCAAAACAGUGGCGCAAAGCCGUACAAAUAGCGAAAGUCGUUGAUGAUCCAGAAGAAAUACAAAAAUACGCCGUUGAACUAGCGGAACAUCUGUGUCAGGUUGGAGACGUUAAAACGGCCGAAGAACUAUUGGUACGUGCCGAACUCUAUCGUGAAGCGGUACAGCUGCUGAAUAAGCAUGGCCAGUGGGAGAAAGCUUUCGACAUUGCAGACCGGUUCCUGCCAGGUGCAGACGUGCGUGAGAUGUUUGUGGAACUGGCGAAAGGACUCGAGCAGGAAGGGAAAUAUCGUGACGCAGAACGUGUCCUGCUCACAGUCAAUGAGCCAGAUUUGGCUAUCAACAUGUACAAAGAGUUGGAGCUAUAUGACUCGAUGAUACGUUUAGUGGAGCGCUAUCACAAGAGCCUGCUCGAACAGACGCACCUUAAUCUGGGCCGUCAGCUAGAAUCCAAAGGUCGGUUUAAGAAUGCCGAGGUUCAUUUCCUGGCAGCCGGUGACUGGAAGGCGGCGGUCCACAUGUACUGUACGGCAGGCAAAUGGGAGGAAGCACACCGCGUGGCCAAACAAAAAGGUGGUCAGCCUGCUUCGGAGCAGGUUGCCUUCAUGUGGGCAAAGUCGCUUCCAAUCGAAGGUGCCGCCCGGCUGCUGACCAAGAUGAGCCUGUUGGAUAGUUGCAUCGCAUACGCCUGUGAGGCGGGUCAGUUCGAUUUUGCCCUCGAGCUGUGCAAGGUGAGUGGUCGAUCCGCGGAUGAUGUACACUUAAAAAUUGCGAUGGCGUUGGAAGAUGACGGCAAAUUUACCGAAGCUGAAGCAGAGUUUCUACUGGCAAACAAACCACGUGAAGCGAUCAUGAUGCACACGCACGGUGGAGAUUGGAAGUCAGCGCUUCGCGUGGCGGAAAAAUAUCUCCCAGAAGCGGUACACGAGGUGCUACUUAGUCAGGCAAACAGUGCGCUCGAAAGUCGCAACUAUCCCGAGUACGAGGCACUAAUGAUUCGUGCCGAUCGACCUGAUUUGAUCCUGGAGCAUUACAAGGAAUACAACAUGGUGGCGGAUGCACUGCGCAUUGCCAAGGAGUACGUUCCCGGAGCAGUAGCAGAGUUGCAAAAAUUGUACGCCCGCAUGAAUCGAGGCGCCGGAGAAUCAACGGACUCACGAUACCUUUUACAGAAAGCAUCGGAACACGCAAGAAAUGAAGAGUUCCGUCGGGCCACUGAAUGUCUGUUGCAGAUUAAUGAGGGAAAUGCCGACGAGCCGACAGUGACCCGGGCAUUGUUGAGGGCCGCAGAGAUAUGUAACCAGUUCCUCGAAGGAUCGGAAGCGAUGGAAAUGGCUCGCGAACUUGGUCCGCGCUUGAUCGAGAUCAAUCAAAUAGGCCCUGCAGCCCAACUGUAUCUUGCUGCAGAGUUACCUCAGGAAGCCGUAGACGUGUUUAUACGUACCGAUAACUGGGCGAAGGCGCGACGUCUUGCAAAAGAAAUAGACCCGCAGCUGGUAGUGUACGUGGAAGCCCAGCAAAAAGCACGCCUGCGCAAUCAAGGCAAUGUGGAGCAGUUGGCGGAUAUUGAUAUGGUGGGAGCCCUCGAUCUUCUCGCCGAACAGGGCCAAUGGAUGCGUUGCAUCGAGAAGGCUAAACAGCACAGUGUCCCAGUGCUGCAGAAGUAUAUGGCGCAGUACGCGGCACAACUCAUCCGCGACGGAGACUGUGUGGCGGCGCUGAACCUUUAUCUUGAGCACGGCGUUCCACCGGUGAGCGCCAACUUCAACAUCUACAAUCGUAUUGCGUUGGAGUGUUUUGCCCUGCGGGAACCCGAUGCAGCCACCGUGUGGAAGAACGUCCGUACAUUUUUGCUCAAUCUAGUACAAGCGUUGCGAGGUUCGGAUCAGGCGGAAGCAGAAGUUAUAGACCGGUUCGAGCAGCUGCUAGUGAUAGCGCACUACUAUGCAACGAGGGCCGCUUGCCGUCAGGCACCAGCGUUACAAUCAAUCGCGGUUAAGAUUUCGGUCGCAUUGUUGCGCUACACGGAUAUAAUUCCGUGCGACAAGGGAUACUACGAAGCCGGUAUGGAUCUGCGCGGGAUGGGCCGCGAAUCGGAAGCGUUUGUAAUUCUCAAUCACUAUCUGGACGUUUGUGAAGCAAUCGAAGAAGGUUCGGGCAAUUUGGUCGAUCAUUCCGACUUGUCGUCGACGGACUUUCCCAGCUCGGUGCCGAUUCCGGCAGAACUGCAUCUGAAAAACGAACUGCAGCUGCACGAGGAGAUCCGCGAAUGGGUGCUUGCCGUCAGUAUGGAUCAGAAGGUUGAUCAAGCGUUACCUACGGAUGAUCGGAAUCUGUACGAGGCCAGUCUAGGGUUAUCGGAUCAGCCGUGCUUGGUGAGCGGAUAUCCGGUAAUGGGACGCCAACCGGUCGUCUUUCAGCGCACGCACCGGCUGGCCAAUCGGGAUGCAUGGAGCAAGCUGACGGUUGCCGCUCGAAUGGCACCCCAGACGGACAUUCCUGGGGUUAUCGAUUUCAUUGAAAAGUGGUGCGGACCGGCAAACUUUUUGUCGGGCUAG